GUUCUCUUGCAUUUUCUCAUUAAGUUUUCCUUUUAACUUUUUUGUUUUUAAAUUUUUGUUUUUCCUUUUAACUUAUUUCCUUAUUUGAUUUAUUUUAUUAAUUUCCCGUAGAAGUUUUGUCAAGAUAAUUGAAAAUUGAAUCGUCACCUGUAGUCAGUGUCAUACCUCUUUGUAUCUCCCCAAAAAUCCCUCUCUUUUUAUUUGUAAAAUCUUGACCCCAUUUGCACAUCAACUUGUACCUCGUUUUUCUCUGUCAAGAAGAAAAAAAGAUUCAAUUUUUGCAACACCCUUUAAUUGUAAAUGCAGUAUUAUAAUUGAGUCUCUUGCAAAGUUUUCAAGAUUAGCCCUGUUAUAAGUAAGGUAAAUAUCACAUGCUGCUCCGUGAAUUUAGCUAGGAUUUGGGUACUACUACAUUUUGUUGCCAAAUGUCAUAUUUUGUUGGUUUCUUGGGGGGGUAGCUUAAGAAGAUGAUGUUGCUUUUUGUUGUUCAAGUUAGAAGUCUGAUUUGCUGGUAAAGGAAAGUUGGUUUUGUGUAAAUUUACAUUGAAUGUGAGAGUUUGUGAAAAAGUUCAGAAUAGAAAGGCAGAUUGGUGUUGAAGAUUUUUUGUAUUGUGGGGUUCACUAGAUUACAAGAUUCCGGGAAGGGUUGUGUUUAAGAUAGUCGAAAAUAUCAUAUAUAUACUGGAGGCAUUUGUCUGGUCGAUUCAUUGCUGGAAGCAGUUUUAGUCCAAAUAGCAUAGUAAGGGUUUUCAAGGAUUUUUCUUAGAGAUAUUGUGAACCAAGGAAGAAGUGCUUAGAAAAUGGGGCACUAUGCAGCAGUCUGGGAUCAUACAGCAGCUACUGAAGUAACAAAAGAUUGGAAUGGGAUUGAACAGGUUGUGCUUCGGAACCCUCAGGGUGCCUCUGCACGGGUUAGCUUGCAAGGAGGACAAGUUACGUCUUGGCGGAAUGAACGAGGGGAAGAACUCCUAUUCAAUAGCAGUAAGAGCAUCUUCAAGUCUCCAAAAGCUACACGAGGAGGAAUCUCAGCUUGCUUUCCCCAGUAUGGAAAUGCUGGUUCACUUGAGCAACUUGGAUUCGCAAGAAACAGAAUCUGGACCAUUGAGGAUGACCCUCCAUCUUUAUUCACAUAUGACCCACAAGGAAAAUCUUUCAUUGACUUGCUGCUCAAACCUUCAGAAGAUGAUCUGAAGUUCUGGCCCCACAGUUUUGAGUUUCGCCUCCGGAUUACGCUGGCAUCAGAUGGAAGCUUGUCCUUGAUAUCUCGGAUCAGAAAUAUUAAUGGCAAACAGUUCAGCUUCUCAUUUGCUUAUCAUACAUACUUCUCUGUUUCCGACAUAAGUGAAAUAAGGAUCGAAGGUUUAGAAACACUGGACUAUCUGGACAACCUAUGCCAGAAAGAACGCUUUACUGAACAAGGAGAUGCCAUAACUUUUGAAUCUGAGAUGGACCGUGUCUACCUUAGUUCUCCUAAUCGCAUUGCUGUUCUUGAUCAUGAAAGGAAACGGACAUAUCUGAUAAGGAAGGAAGGACUGCCAGAUACUGUGGUGUGGAAUCCAUGGGAGAAGAAAGCCAAAGCAAUGGUGGAUUUUGGUGAUGAUGAGUAUAAACAGAUGCUUUGUGUUGAUGGAGCAGCAAUAGAAAAACCCAUCACCUUGAAGCCAGGAGAGGAAUGGACCGGUCGUGUAGAGCUUGUGGCCGUGCCAUCAAGUUUUUGUGAUCUUUGAAACAUUUUAGUAAUGCUCAGCAACUUAUAGCUUAACGAGGGACCGUAUACUCUAUCUAUACUAGGUUUAUUUGCUUGUUAAUGAUGUUAUGAAGUUGAGCCACCAAAGCCUAUCUUUUUUUUAGAAUGGCUGCUUGGUGUUGUGUCUUUUGAAGAGUCAAGUUGUUUUUGCAUUGCAAUGUACUUUUCAGGUUUGUGUAACUGGCUGUCUUUGAUGA